UUGCAGGUAAUAAAUCUACUCAUAGCAAGGGAUAAAAUUUGUCAAGAUCUCUACGAAACCUUACUUAGAUGCUCAAAGACGGUGAAUGUCUGCGAGCUGGUAGCAUUUGAAAACAGAGAUGUAGCUGAAGAUGCUCGGGGAUGGGCACGCUUGGAUUGGGAAGUGGAAUUUACUCGACAAGGUAUAGACAGUGAAUGGGCAGAAAAUGAUCUCAAUGAGUCAUAUCGUAGUUGUGAUACAUAUCCAGAACGGUUAUGGUUACCUGUAGCAGCGAGUAAAACUACGCUUAUGGGUUCAUGUCGAUUUCGAUCUCGAGGACGAUUACCGGUGUUGACUUACUUUUACAAACCUAAUGGUGCAGCUAUAUGCAGGUGUGCCCAGCCGUUGACUGGCUUCUCCGCUCGAUGUGUAGAGGAUGAAAAACUUAUGGAGUUGAUAGGAAAGGCGAAUAAGAACUGUGACACUUUGUUCCUCGUUGACACUCGGCCUAUGGUCAAUGCUAUGGUCAAUAAGGUACAAGGAAAAGGAUUCGAAGAUGAAAGAAACUAUUCGAAUACGAGAUUUCAUUUCUUUGAUAUUGAGAAUAUUCAUGUGAUGAGGGCUAGUCAGUUAAAACUUCUUGAAGGUUUGUUGCUAAAUGAUUUGAUCAUUUUUGCUUAUAAUUAA